UCAGUGAUUUAGACAGUUUUGAACCACAUGACAGUUAUAGCUUUGUAUUUUCUGCGUAAGGUACAUAGAGUUUUCUGGAACAUGAUUUUCUUAUUGUGUCCAUUGUGACUGGCUUUGUUCUGAGAUGACUGAAACUGAUCUGAAGACCUUGGUGCACAGACUGUAUGCUCUACAGGCUGAACGAGUUGAAGCCUACAGAUUAUUUGAAGAGGGAUAUCAGGCAUACCUCAACACUGGCCCUCAUUAUGACUUCAUCCAGUAUCGACAGUUGGUCCAUGAGAUCACAGUUGCCUUUAAUGGGAUAUCCAAGGAAAUCAUUCAGAUAAAGAACAGCCUUCAUGAGGAGCACAGCCGGCCUGAUCUCUCUGCUCACCUUGAAAAACUGCAAGAGAAGGAGAAAGAAAAACUAGAACUGACAGCUAUGCUUCAGCUAGCUAAGCAAAAUGUGUUGGACCAUCCAGGAGAGGAAGGGCAUCAAGAGGCGGUACAAGAACUGAAACACAAGAUAAUGCAAACCAUUGAAGCAAUCACUGAAAUUCUGCAGGACUUCAAGUACGACUCCGAAGAGUCUGAGUGACUGCUGCUUACCCCGUAGGAAUUUGAAGGCAGAUGGAAAUGUUCGAGUAAAGUUUACAUUUCUACGAAUGUUUAGAAAUUUAUUUUUAUAAUGUAUUCCUGAUGUGAUUUUCUCUUUUGUUGACAUCUGCAGCAUGUAGUAUUAGUUUUAGUUUAGUGACUGAUGGGAACAAAUCCUCAUGCUGAAUUCCACUCAACGGUUAGUAGGGCCUGAGGGAUCAGUCCUGCACUUACAGCCAAGUGUUUUGGAUGGUCUAACUGAAAGGAAGAAACUUUUUUUACCCUUCAAAGCGAAGGUAGAAUACACUAUCAAUAUACAAUGCCACUUUAUGUACAAAAGAUUAAAGAAUAUUACAAAAUGCUGCUUAUUUAUGUCUGGCAAUAUCAUGUGUUUAUUUCUUUUUUCUGGCUAGUUACUGGCAGAAAAAACAAUCUUAACACUGUAGCAAACCUCUCAACUGUUCCUGUUUUGGAGGAAUGUUCCCAUUUUCAGGCUUAAUUUACUCCUUCAUACAGUUUUAUGAAUUUCCUUAUCACAUGCAGUUUCUGAAGCUGUCUAGCACACAGAAAACCACACUACAUGACCAAACAUACUAGCGGCAACAAUAACAUAAAGAGGACACACAUCUUACAUAUCCAUGUUUUAAGUAAAAAUACAUGACUUUGUAUAGUAGACUUGUAAUACACUUCAUUAAAGUGCACAUAUUUUAAACUAA